CUCUCUCUCCCCUUCUUCUUCUUCCCCUCUCUCUCUGAUAAAUCCAUUUGUUCUUCUUAUUGGAAACACACAUAAAUUUUGUACCAUAAAUAUAGACAUAGAAACUUGAUCAAAAAAGCCUUUUCGUUUCCUGAAUUUUGAAUCAAACCAUUUUUUUUUAAUUUAAUUUUCAUUUCGAUACAAUAACAAGGAAGAGGUUUCAGCUCCGCAACCACUCAGGGAGGAGGAGCUGAAACCAAAAACCAGAGUCAGGGUUUUUAGAAAAUUCCUACAGUUAGAUGGCGAGGCAGAGUCACAGCCUUGUCACUCUAGCAGGAAAAUCCGACCAGACGGACAAAAAAAAUACAGUGUGUGUAAAAAAAUAAGGGAUUUUUUUAGACCAAUGGAGCAAGAAGACGACGCCGUCACGGAGAGCAAAGCAGACGGAGGAGGAGGCGGUGGUGGUAGUGGUGGAGCAGGGAGCAGUAUUAGCAUUGCAGAGAGGAGGGCAGCCAAGUGUGGAUUCAAUGCGGAGAGGAUCAACACGGUGCGUGUCAGGACAACCAACCCUUUGAAUUCUCCGCCGGCGAGGUCCCCGUGCCUUACUAUUCCGUCUGGUAUCAGCCCCACGGCUCUGCUCGACUCCCCCGUGAUGGUCCCCAAUUCUCAGGCGCUUCCAUCUCCCACCACCGGAACUUUUCAAUUGCGUCCUCCCAAUGAUAACAGCUCGCUGCUGAAAUCAGGAACUCGUGAAGAUGAUGGUUACAGGACGGCCUAUUCGAAUUUUGGAAAUCAGGGAUCUACUGUUGACUACCAAGCUCUUGUUUUGGAGCAACAACCAAUGGAGUUUCAAUUCCCGAUGGAGUUUUCCAAAGAAGCUAAUGCAAUGAACUAUGCUGUGGAUCCGUCCACUGAUGUUAGAAACAUAAGCAGUGGUGUGAUUAUGAAUGCCAACGGCGCAAACUUGCAAAUGUCUCAUUCCAGUGCAGCUAGCGAUCAAAACUCUCUUCCCAAAGAAGCGGUUGAUGGGGAGGACAUGGGGACCCAUCAGUUUUCAGAAGGAGAGCAUAAGGGGUCAUACUCAGCUGCAGGAAUGGUAAGGACCUCAGAACACGGAUACAAUUGGAGGAAGUAUGGGCAGAAACAGGUAAAAGGUAGUGAAUAUCCAAGGAGUUAUUACAAAUGCACACAUCCAAAUUGUCAGGUGAAGAAAAAGGUGGAACGAUCCUAUGAUGGUCAAAUAACAGAAAUCAUCUACAAGGGAGCUCCUCAUAAUCAUGCAAAACCUCAGCCUAACCGUAAAGCUGGAGCAUCGGUUGGACCAUCAUUUUCUUAUGAUGACAUGUUAGAGAUGGGUGAAGGUAGUAGGGCUGCUGUCAAAGUUGAAGGUGGGCCAGUUUGGACAAAUAUUCAGUCCUGUAAGGGUAGGAAAGUUGGCUACUAUGGGAGGCCUGACGGUCUGGAAAGGACAUCCUCAGCAUCUGUUGUUACCGAGCUUUCUGAUCCAUUUUCAACUACCCAAGGGAAGUCCAUGAAUAUCUUUGAAUCAGCCGAAACUCCAGAGCUUUCAUCCACACUUGCUAGUCAUGAUGAUGAUGAUCAGGCCACCCAAGGAAGCAUAUCACUUGGAGAUGAUGCAGAUGAUGAAGAAUCUGAUUCAAAAAGAAGGCAAAAGGAGAGCUGCAUGAUUGAAACAAAUUUUGCAUCCAGGGAUGUCCACAAACCAAGAGUAGUUGUCCAAAUUGAGAGCGAAAUUGACAUACUUGAUGAUGGCUAUCGCUGGCGGAAGUAUGGGCAAAAAGUUGUCAAAGGAAAUCCAAACCCCAGGAGCUAUUACAAGUGCACAAGUGCGGGAUGUUCAGUAAGGAAGCACGUGGAAAGGGCCUCCCACGAUCUGAAAUUCGUAAUUACAACAUAUGAGGGAAAACACAACCACGAAGUGCCUGCAGCGAGAAACAGUAAUCACAUGAAUUCAAGUAGCGGUAAUGGACUCCCAUCUACUGCCAAUGCUCAGCCAGUUCUGGUAUUACCUAGAAAUACCAAUAUUCCAAAGCCUGAGACACAAGUACAAGAUCUUGCACCUCAUUUUGAUAGAAAAGCGGAAUUCCAUGACAAAUACAUGAGGCCUAGUUUUCUCGGGAAUUUCAGUAAUGACAUGAAAUUUGGUUCUUCCUCCCCCUACCAAAUGAAAUAUCCUCCUCUGCAGAAUACCAUGCUGUAUGCCUCAUUCGGAAUGCAUGCUAAUCACAAUGUGGCUCAUCAGGCUGGUUCUGUUGUCCCAGACUUCCCAAUUUCACUGCCUAUGAACCUUCCGCCACCCGGUAACCUCCCUCUCGCCAGUUACGAUUUCAACAACGGAAAAUCAGUUUGUCCAGAACAGCCUUAUUUUUCCGGACAGCAGCUGCAGGAGAUCGAUGUAAGAUUCCUACAGCCUAAACAAGAGCAGAAGGAUGAUAACCUUUAUGAUGCCUGCUUCCCAACAAUGGAUCAGUCAAGUGCAGCAUUAUCGUCGUCAUCGCUAUUCUAUCACAGGGUCAUGGGAGGUUAUCCGUCAUAAUUUUUUCUGUUCUUCUGCUUCUAAAGCAGUCAUCAGCCGAGGCAGAUUUUGGUUUCCCGCUCGCCUCGUUCUGGUUAAAGGUUUUAUUUUCUUGCAAAAUUUCAUUGCAGACAGUUUCCUCUUCAUGU